AUGAAGAGAGGCUCAGCUGCCUUGGAGGUCAGGGAACUGAAACUGCAAACACCAACAGCAUCUUGUGUUUUAUCCACCCAGCGGGCAAACUUUGCAAAAGGUGGUGUUCCUACUGAUGACGAGCAGGCGACAGGGCUGGAGAGGGAGGUCAUGAUGGCCGCACGGAAGGGACUGGACCCAUACAAUAUUCUAGCCCCAAAGGCAGCUGCAGGCACCAAAGAAGACCCUAAUUUAGUCCCAUCUAUCACCAACAAGCGAAUAGUGGGCUGCAUCUGUGAAGAGGACAAUAGUACCGUCAUCUGGUUUUGGCUGCACAAAGGCGAGGCCCAGCGAUGCCCUAGCUGUGGAACCCAUUACAAGCUGGUGCCCCACCAGUUGGCCCACUGA